AGAAACAAAAAAAAUUCAUUACCCUAAAACCAAGCUAAGUAUUAAGAUGCCUGCCGAUAGCUCUUCAGUUUCAGGCCAUGGCCAAACUGUAUGUGUCACCGGAGCUGGAGGCUUCAUCGCUUCCUGGAUUGUCAAACUAUCGCUAGAAAGAGGCUAUAUUGUUAGGGGAACCUUGAGAAACCCAGAUGAUCCAAAGAAUGCUCAUUUGAGGGAGCUUGAAGGAGCUCAAGAUAGGUUGACUUUACGUAAAGCUGAUCUUCUUGACUAUGAGAGCCUUAAAGAAGCCAUCAACGGCUGUGAUGGCGUUUUUCACACAGCAUCACCGGUUACGGAUGACCCAGUGA